AUGCAGAUCUUUGUGAAGACCCUGACAGGCAAAACCAUCACCCUUGAAGUCGAGUCUUCAGACACGAUUGACAACGUCAAGGCCAAGAUCCAGGACAAGGAGGGCAUUCCCCCUGACCAACAGCGCCUGAUCUUUGCUGGUAAGCAGCUGGAGGAUGGCCGCACCCUGAGCGACUACAACAUUCAGAAGGAAUCGACAUUGCACCUUGUUCUGCGUUUGCGUGGCGGUAUGCAGAUUUUCGUCAAGACCCUGACAGGCAAAACCAUCACCCUUGAAGUCGAGUCUUCAGACACGAUUGACAACGUCAAGGCCAAGAUCCAGGACAAGGAGGGCAUUCCCCCUGACCAACAGCGCCUGAUCUUUGCUGGUAAGCAGCUGGAGGAUGGCCGCACCCUGAGCGACUACAACAUUCAGAAGGAAUCGACAUUGCACCUUGUUCUGCGUUUGCGUGGCGGUAUGCAGAUUUUCGUCAAGACCCUGACAGGCAAAACCAUCACCCUUGAAGUCGAGUCUUCGGACACGAUUGACAACGUCAAGGCCAAGAUCCAGGACAAGGAGGGCAUUCCCCCUGACCAACAGCGCCUGAUCUUUGCUGGUAAGCAGCUGGAGGAUGGCCGCACCCUGAGCGACUACAACAUCCAGAAGGAAUCGACAUUGCACCUUGUUCUGCGUUUGCGUGGCGGUAUGCAGAUUUUCGUCAAGACCCUGACAGGCAAAACCAUCACCCUUGAAGUCGAGUCUUCGGACACGAUUGACAACGUCAAGGCCAAGAUCCAGGACAAGGAGGGCAUUCCUCCUGACCAACAGCGCCUGAUCUUUGCUGGUAAGCAGCUGGAGGAUGGCCGCACCCUGAGCGACUACAACAUCCAGAAGGAAUCGACAUUGCACCUUGUUCUGCGUUUGCGUGGCGGUAUGCAGAUUUUCGUCAAGACCCUGACAGGCAAAACCAUCACCCUUGAAGUCGAGUCUUCGGACACGAUUGACAACGUCAAGGCCAAGAUCCAGGACAAGGAGGGCAUUCCCCCUGACCAACAGCGCCUGAUCUUUGCUGGUAAGCAGCUGGAGGAUGGUCGUACCCUGAGCGACUACAACAUCCAGAAGGAAUCGACGUUGCACCUUGUGCUACGUUUGCGCGGUGGACAAUAA